AUGGGUGCAUCAAUAUCUUCUCAGCAGCAGCAGCUGAGGCUGUGGAUGCCCCAGAAAGCCCAGCAGGUGAAGCAGCCCUGUCAGCCCCCUGUCAGAUGUCAAGAAAUAUGUGUACCACAAACCAAGGAUCCAUGUGCUCCAUGGCCCAAGAAACAAUGCCCACCCAAGGGAGCAGUGAUCACCACCCAGCCCAAGUGUCCCAUGGCCCAGUAAGCCCGCAAGAAUAAACAGAAGUAA